AUGCCCGAACCUACGAGCGGAUCGGACAUUGCGGUUCCACGCCCGAAACGGCACAAGAUCGAUGUCGCGUGCGAAAUAUGCAGGGCCAGGAAGGUUCGUUGUGACGGGGUCAGACCAACAUGCGGAAACUGUCGCAAGAGGGUUAAUAUGGGGCCCCGGUGUACAUACAGCGCAGCCCCCAUCGAAAGGACAUCCGACUCGGAUCCGCUGCAGCCGCAUAGCCUUCAUGUUGCUACUCCUCGUAGUCCCGCGGCAGCAGGGCUGUCGCUGCAAACCAGCGCUAACCAGGACCCCGUCAUUGGAGAUCCUGUGGAACGGGGUAGCAUUGUUGCUGCUGCUAAUCAUAACGCUUCGGCCCGGAUACGAAUGGUACAUCCUGCUCCGGCCCCUGCCUCGGCCCCGGGCCCCGCCUUCACCGCCCCGACUCCAGCUUCAGGCCAUGCGCCGAGUGUUUCGGGCGAGUCCCAGAUCGACUCCAUGACGACGGUCGUCGAGGAAGGAACCAACACAGCGCAGUAUUUUGGCAGCAGCAGUGCUGGGUCCUUCACAAAGCAGAUCAAGGCCGCCAUCGACGCGAGGCUGGGCAAGUCAACCCCACCCGUUCCUUCAACCUCAUCCUCGCAGAACAACGCGACCGGUGUUACAGGUGCUGCGCCACCUCGAUCUGGAGGCGGCGCGGGUUGGAGUAUAGCCGAUGACCCAAAUUAUGUCCUUCCCGGCCGUAGGCAAGCGGAUUACCUUAUGGACUUGUACUGGCUUUAUGUCGACACCCUGUACCCCUUCCUUGACCGUGAUAAAUGGAACCGACACUACGCGAGCAUGUUUUCUGGCACGCCCCUGGACACGGACGAGCGCAUUUUUGUCUCGACCCUCAACAUUAUAUUUGCGCUGUCGACGCAGUUGCUCGAGUCACUGCGACCGGAACAUCGGGACAAGAGCAGCCGCGUGUAUUUCCAGCGGGCCCAGGCCCUGCUGCGGCUCAGUCUGUGGGAGCCUGCGUCGCUGGAGCUGGUUCAGUGCCUCUUGCUCAUGAGUCAGUAUCUGCAGACCACGAGCAACGCGCACCAAACCUGGAUGGUCGUCGGCACUGCCGUCCGGACGGCUCAGAGCCUCGGCUUGCAUCUGCCCGACACCUCAGCGGGCAUGGCGGAUCCUGUCGAGCGUGAACUUGUCCGCAGGUUGUGGCAUGGUUGUGUUCUAAUGGAUCGCAUGGUCUCGUUGACGCAUGGACGGCCACCCAUGAUCCUACACCAACACGCCUCCGCUGUCUCCCUCCCGAUGUCGGCUCAUUCUGAACGGGAAAGGAUGGAUGGGGAGCAGAUACGAGUGUCUUUCUUUGUACAGUCCGUCCGACUGUAUGAGAUUAUCCACUUGAGCAUUGUUGCCUUUUACUUGCCGGGCGAGACCGAACCCGGCUCACAGGGAGCCCGGGAAAACGACCUGGAAACUAUGUUGAGGCUGGACAGCGCUCUGGGGACGUGGGAGCAAGAGUUGCCUUCCCAUCUCUGCUUCGCCACGAUUCAAGACGUGGGAAACGACAUAUGCAGACGGCAAGCCGUGAUUCUUCGCCUCCGUUUUCUCCAGGCUCGUCUCCUGCUUCUUCGACCGACCAUGGCGCGGUUCUGCUUGGACCAGGCGCCCUCAAAGGAAUCCAAAUCGACAUCAGCCAGCUUGGCUUCGCGCUUGGUGCAGCAGGCGGCGUCUCUAUGCGUGGCCACGGCGCAGGAAGUCGUCUCGGUGCUUGUGCGGUUUGAGGCACAUGACGGUACCGUUGGGCUGCUACCGGCGUGGUGGUACCGUCUCUACUUUGUGUACUCAGCGGCCACCAUCCUCAUCGUCGCACGGCUGCGGCCCGAGCUCGCUGGCGAAGACGGCCUCCAACGCUCAUGGGACGAGGCGGUCUCGGUGCUCCGAGCUCACGAGCGCUUCGGCGAGUCCGCUCGGCGGUGCGUCGCCGUCUUGAACAUCCUAUCGGGACGAAUCAUGCAGAGCCACCUACAAGCAAAUGCGAGACCUUCGGGCGAAGGCCCAGCCUCGGAGGAGCGGGAGUCUCAGCCUGCUAACCCUGCCUUUUCCUUCGACCCGGCCGACUCUCUACAGCAGUUCGGUGAUAUGGCUGCGUUGUUCCCCAAUCUGGACUUGCCAGAUCUGACAUUCGGUGCGAAUGACUUCUCCGACCUGAACAUGCAUGCUUGGGAACUUCUCACUGGCAACCAGCCAUGA